CAGGAAAUUGAAAUUCCAUCCAAAAUCUAUAAUAAAAGUCAGAGUUUCGUCUUCUUAUAGAGUAGCAAAGGAGAAAAAAAAAAAAGAGGUUCUUCGUACUCAUAUACUUGUGAUAGCCAUGGAAGCUAAGGUCGGGAAGUUCUUUGAUUCUGUUGGUGCUUUUUUCAGUGGCGGAGACCAGAUCCCUUGGUGUGAUCGAGACAUUAUAGCUGGUUGUGAAAGAAAAGUUGCAGAGGCCAAUGGUGUCUCAAAAGAGCAUAUGAGUGAGAGCAUCAUGGGGUUAUCAUGGGCUCUUGUUCACUCAAGACAACCAGAAGAUGUGCAGCGUGGAAUCGCUAUGCUUGAAGCUUCUGUGGCUGGUUUUGAUGCUCCUGUGGAGAAGAGAGAGAACCUUUAUCUUCUUGCUGUUGGAUAUUACAGAAGUGGUGACUAUUCAAGGAGCAGGCAGCUUGUUGAACAAUGCCUGGAGAUUGCACCGGACUGGAGACAGGCGUUGACGCUGAAGAAAGUGAUUGAAGAUCAUAUUGCUAAAGAUGGUGUGAUUGGCAUAGGCAUUGCAGCAACUGCUGUUGGACUCAUAGCUGGUGGCAUCGCUGCUGCAUUGACUCGUAAGAACUGAGGGAAUCCCUAAUCAAAAUAUGUAUAUAAUUACUUAAAACUCCAGGAUGGCCUUUCUCUCGGUUGCUUAAAUUUGUUCAAGCCUUUUCCACUUCCAUGAUGCACCCUACUUUUGUCCUGAAUUUUGAAGUUUUAGAUGGCACAACAGUCUAAAUAAGUUUGUAAUAUAUAACGUGUGAAGACAGGUAGGAUUAGAUCGCCAUUCUU